UUAGAAUUUGUGGUAUUGUUGGAAAGCUCAAUUAUUGGAUUCGAUUUUAAAAGUGCUCCGCCAGAAUGAGUCAAAAGCGGUCCAAGCAAAAGAAGGAAAAUCAAGGGGAUCAACAAUAUGUUGUGGAAAAAAUUAUAGACAAACGAGUUCGAAAUGGAGUGACGGAGUAUUAUUUGAGUUGGAAAGGAUUUCCAUCAUCGGAGAACACUUGGGAGCCGGAAGAGAACCUUGAUUGUCCAGAUUUAAUUCAGGCAUUUGAAAUACAUGACAAGCGGACGAAAGAACAGAAACGAGCGAAGAGUGUUGAAAAAAUGGGACGAGGCUUAUUCGAUCGAGGUUUGGAGCCAGAACGAAUUGUUGGUGCUACAAACAGUAGUGGAGAAUUGGAACUGCUGAUUAAAUGGAAAGGAAGUGAUAUGGCUGAUUUAGUUCCUGCUAAAAUUGCGAAUGAAAGAUGUCCACAGCUUGUUAUCAAAUUCUACGAAGAACAUAUUCAAUGGAAUAGUUGUGCACAAGUGUGAUACCUUCUGACUGUCUAUAUUAUUUUUCAUUGGAUUGGCUAAGAUUUGUUUAUCCUUUCAGUAUGACAUGAAUUUUGAUUACAAAUGCAGGACAUAUUGAAGAAAAUUCUCAAUUUCAACCAGG